ACAAAGGCGGAAAACCGAAGAACAGAGAUUCUCAAGGAGGAUUAUAUUUGGUCAACGAACUAAUCAUCAUUCGCAGCAAGAGAUAUCAACAAGAAAAGGGAGCAGAACGAUACCCUACCAACUCAGACGAAAUGUUCUAUGUGUUCCAGUGA